UUACCCCGUUUACAUGAGUCAUUCAGCCUAAACGGAAAUAUCCGAUUAGCCAGGGAACGGAAAAAUGCGUUUCGGUCCGGCCCCGUUUACAUGAGCCUUAUCGGAAAAAUCCGUUCCGGAACGGAUAAUUCCCUUUACGCCGGCAGCCCGAAAAAUACGGAUAUUUUGCGCAUUUUUACAUAUCUGGCGCAGCUCUGACAAUUGACCACACUCCAGUUCAUAUUUUCAAGUUUGUGCCGUUUGUGGCUUGGGUUGAUGUGUACAGGAUAUGUAAUUUCACAGGCUUAAACAUGGAAGAUUUUGAUAUUUUCAUGGCACAGGCGAUGAUUUUAUUAGUGCUGUGUAGGCGACAUUUGGUGAACUGCCAGAAGGCAGUUUACCAUUUGGUGUCUAGGACGAGAAUGAAGAGCUGUGCUGCAACCCAGCAACGUCUGAGAAAGAAGCGCAGGUUAAUAAUAAAUCUUUUGAUGGACCUCCAGCAAGUUCAGAGACAGCUUGGAAAUGGUGGGAGGAGGUGGAUGCUGCCACGUCUCAGGAAGCACUGGUUCGAAAGAGAAGUGAUGCAGGUAUGGGAAGAUGAUCGCUGGCGGGAAAACUUCCGAAUGACGAAGACAUCCUUUUUGAAGCUUGUUGACCUCGUACGCUACAAGAUGGAGCCGAAACCGACAGCUGUGAGGGAACCCAUCCCAUUGGAGAAGAGAGUGGCAAUGGCAUUGUACAACCUUGCCAGCAACAUGGAAUACCGUGUCACAGCCAACCAGUUUGGAUCCCAUAAAACAACAGUGAGAAAACAUCUUCUGGGGUUCUGCUCAGCAGUUGUCGAGUGCAUGGCCGACUACAUCCAGCUGCCGUCUGCUGCCGAAGCCAUUGAAAUCGCACGUCGUUGGGAGGCCAAAUGGUCGUUCCCGCAGGCCUACGGUGCUAUCGAUGGCACACACAUUCCAAUCACGGCACCGAGCGACGGCUUUCGGGACUACGUCAACAGAAAAGGCUGGCCUUCAAUACAGCUCCAGGCCGUCUGUGACGACAGAUACUUGUUUCGCAACAUUAACUGCGGCGCACCUGGUAGCAGCCAUGACGCAGGAAUUCUUGCGGCAUCUCCUCUCCAAGAUCAUUCGCCCAGAUUACCAAAGGAGCCAAGGAUGAUUGAGGGCGUUCCUGUACCACUCUGCCUGCUCGGGGACCCUGCGUACCCACUGCAGCCGUGGCUGAUGAAGCCAUACGCGCUGAGUCUGGCGUCGGCACAGAGCAGAGGCCUGACGGAUGAGCAACAGCAGCUGGAGGCCGAGCGGGAGUCCUUCAAUGUUUAUCAUAGCGCAGGUCGUAUGGCCAUCGAAUGCGCAUUUGGUCGACUGAAGGGUAGGUGGCGCAAACUGCAAAAGAGGAUAGAGGUAGACGUGGACAAGGUCCCUCUGAUUGUCUCAACGUGCUGCAUACUUCACAAUUUUUGUGAGACUCAGUCCGAGGUGUUUCACGAUGCUUGGCUUCCCAGUCCGGAUGUAGCGCGCCAGUACCCCCAGCCAGCUGGACGCGCGCACCCAGCGUUGAAUGAGCGGACUGCGCGUGACGCCAGAGAUGCCGUGCGGGUGCACUUAGCGAGACACUGCCCACUCAGACAGUCCACUCUGCGCUUCUGAUGUGUGGUGUGCACUGCGCGGCGAUUAUUCAGAUUGAGUUUACCGCCAGCUGUGUGUGCAGUUGUGAGCAGGAAAGUGCCAACGUACCAUGUAAGCAGUGCACUGUUCGGGACGUCGCUGUUGUAAACCGUGUUUACAUUGACCGCUGAAUAAACUGAUCAUCUAUA